AUGAUAUGGCUUUACUCUGCAAGCAUGCAGAGAUUGGCUACCUUCGUGGAGAUGCUUGACACUCGAUUGGAGGGACAAGAUCAGGUCGACCCAGCGCUUUCCAGGUCUCUGAAGGAAUGUUACGACGCUUGCAAUAUUUUCUUGCAUGAUGUUGGAGCUCUGAGCACAAAGUACUCUCGAAGUCCAGGAACCAAGCCCAAAGGCAUGCGGGAGCGCUGGGAGGCUGCCUUGACUCACUUUCAUUACCCGCUCCAGAAGAAGAGAUUCGAGGACCUCGAGGCUAUAUGGAGAUUUUCAGAUAUCAGCUUUCGGCGAGACUUCAGCUUAUGA